AUGCCUCUGCGCGCCGAGUCUCGUUCCGCCCACGCGUCCGACGGCGCUUCCGUCCACGCCACCAGCCCGCACCGCGCGAUGCUCUCCUUCCUCUCCGGAUCUACCGCCGUCGCGACCGCCACAGGCCGCAGCGCAGGCCGCAGCCGGCAGAAGAAACUAGGUGCGGAAAUUCAUGAAACUUUGAUCCGGGAGACUGCGAGAGUGGGAGCUGCGGCGGCGGCGGUGGGUGGUGGAGGGGGUGCAGGGGACGGGAGAGGUGGCGGUGGUAGCAGCAGCAGUGCUUGGCCCAUUGGGUGCCCUCUGCCUCUCACGACUGACCUUCCUAACAAGACUCGUCUGGUGGACUCCCCUCAGCCGUUUCAGCUGCGAAUCAAGCUGCUCGUCUCUUCCCGCAACGACCUCGCUUCCGUUUCUCGCACGCUCUCAUCUCUUGCAGCUGUUGACUACGACGGCGAUAUUGUCCGCCUGCACGUGUUUGUAGACCACUUUCUCUAUAACGCUACCAACAGUGGUGGUGGUCGUCGUGACGGUGCUGCUGCUGCUGCUGCUGCUGCUGCUGCUGCUGCUGCUGCUGCUGCUGCUGCUGCUGCUGGCAGUGGAGAGGAGGAGAGUGCAGCUGCAGAGGUGGCAGUGCGGCUGGCGAGGGCGAGGGCAGUGUUGGAGUAUGUAGAUGCCUUCGCAUGGCUGCAUGGACCCAAGGACGUGCACUACAGGUCAGUGAGCGCAGGCUCGCAGGCGCAGUGGGUGGAGGCAUGGUGGCCGGCAUCGGACCAUGAGUUUGCUCUGCUGCUCACCGACCGUGUGUGGGUGUCGAGGCAUGUGUAUCGCUACCUGAGGGCGCUCGUCACGGCCGUGUAUUUCCACCCGGAUACCUCCGACCCUGCUGUGCUCGGCAUGGCCCUCUCCCGCCCCACCACCGUUGCCGCCUCAAGCAUUUGUCUCUCCAACCGUGUGUGGGUGUCAAGGCACGUGUAUCGCUACCUGAGAGCGCUCGUCACGGCCGUGUAUUUCCACCCGGAUACCUCCGACCCUGCUGUGCUCGGCAUGGCCCUCUCCCGCCCCGCCACCGUUGCUGGUAGGCUCGAAACUGAGGCAGACAUGGAUUCGCCUCUCACGGGAGCAGCAGGCAUGGCUUCCGAGCUAGUGAGUGACGAAUUAAUGGCGCAGGGGGGAGGAGGAGGAGGAGGAGGAGGAGGAGGAGGAGGAGGAGCAGGAGGAGAAAGAGGAGGAGGAGAGGGAGGAGGAGAAGCAGCAGCAGCUGCAGCGGCAGCAGCGGAUGACACAUGGACCUUCCUACCUCUCCGCAAGCUUCGUCGUUUCGACCCUUGCUUCCAGGAGUUCUCCUCCGCUCGCCUCGCUCGCAGUCCUGAGGACAUCGCCCCUCUUCUCGCCUCAGCUCACCGCCGCUCCACCAUCGUCCUCGUCAACGCGCUCCACUCCUCCACACCGUCUCCCACCGCAUUCCGCCCCUUGCCUUCCCCAAAUGUUUCCGGUUCUUCGGUCCCUUCGGUCACUCCAGCCGCUUCCCUUGAUCCCUCCGCUUCCCCCGAUUCUCCCACCUCUCCCACAAUCUCCUCCUCCUCCUCUUCCUCCAAAGCUUCGUCUCAUUCUUCGUUUGAUCCCUCAUCUGCAUUAUCACCUCCUGCUUCCGCAUCCACCUCAUCAGCGUUAGACGCCCCUAGUCUAGAUCCGCUACUGGCGAACUGGCUGUGCCAUGCGGCACGCCUGCAAGUGUCCAACUAUGUGGUGUUGCUGGAUGAUGUGCCGCUGGGGGUGCACCUCACUCGACAAGGCCAUGCCGUCAUGCAGUUGCAGCAAAUACAGGAGGCAGCGGAUGAGAGGGAGUCAGCAGUCAUGUUAGAGGGCAGGGGGCGAGCUCCUUCGCGCAAGGUGGGCCGGGUGACCUUGGAAACAUCUGAAUUGCCAAAGCCAUGGCACGGAAACUCACGUUCGCUUGGAAUCCCUAAGGCCCUUGGGAAUGCUGUGAGCUACCAAAAUGCGGACAGGACCCGUCGGGAUUCGGCAGGGCAAAGCUCACGUGUUAUCCCGUCACAAGUGUCUCGCAAGGCCGAGGGAGACGGUCGGGCAGGGUUGGACCAGAAGGGGGACAGCAGUCCCAUUCGGCACGUUUCUACCGGAGGAGCUGGUGUCAGUGUUUCCAAGAUUGAGGCGGGGAUUGAAGCAGAACGCGUGUCUGUUUCUGAUGCAGCAGCAGCAGCUGCUGCGUUUGCUGCUGGUGCGGAUUUGUCUGGUUUGCCUCCCUUGGACGAGGGUGCUGGUACGGGCCGGGGGGAAGUAGCAGGUGCUGGUCUGAUGGCGGAUGCUGCUGCUGCUGCUGCUGCUGAUGGUGGUGCUGAUGGUGAUGGUAACGUUAAUGGCAAUGGUGAUGGUAGUAUAGUUGGAAAAGGGGAAGGACGGGGGGGAGGAAGCGGAGAACGGUCAGCAUGGGAGGAUGGGGACGAGUUGGCAGUGUGGGAGGCGGCAGCACGGGCAUUGGAGCGGCAGAAGCUGUGGCUAGAUGGCGUUCAUUCCGCCAUACAGCUAGGGUAUAACGUUGUGCUUGCUGAUCCUCGCUCCGUGUGGCUGUCUGACGUCUCUGCUGCUCUCGCUGAUGCUGCUGCUGCUGCUGCUGGUGCUGGUGCUGGUUCUAGUGCUGCUGGCGGCGGUGGUGCUGUUGGGGCGGGGCCGAAGGGUGAAGAGGCGGAUGUUGUGGGAGUGGUGGUUGGAGGAGGGGGGGGCGUGGGAGACGAAUCUGAAGGUAGAGCAGGUGGGGGUGCAGUAUCAGUAUCAGGAUUAGCAAGCAAAGAAAGGGUGGCUGAGAAAGGUGAAACGGUGUUGAAGGGAGUUAAGGGGGUGGAGGGAGAGAAGGAAGAGGAGGGACCAGAGGGAGCGGAGCGGGCAAGUGGGAGAGGAGGGGUAGAGGAGAGCAACGCAGGUGGUUUGGGAGGCAGGAAGGGGCUGGAUGCAGUUCAAUCUGAGAGGGAGGAGAGCGGAGAGGGGCGGAGAUUAAGGGGCAGCCGAGAGGAGAAUGAAGAGGCCCGCAUGCUUCUUGAAGCUACAGGUCUUGGACAUGGUGUUGGGUCAUCUGAUGCUCGCGGUGGAGCAAGGAGGCGCGCUCUCUCUCACGCUGCUGUAUCUGCGCAGCUCAAAGGCCACAGAGCGCAUGUGGGGUGCUCUCAUGGCAUCCCAUGA